CUGCGACCCACUUCGCAUCGUUGGAACAUUCUACGUAUAAGGAACCAUGACACAUAUCGUAACGCUUUGUGUUGUUUCGACCAUUGUUCAUGUGGUGGCGGCAAGUGACGACUAUGUGUUCUACUUCAAAAGAGCAGACUUCUUCCAUUCAGACAUUCUGCAACAGACGCUUCCCCAGUUGGAUCACACCGUAGACUCCCUAUGUGUGAAGAUGGAGGUCAACUGUAGGUUUACUCAGGCUAUAGAAGAGUGUGAGGCUCUGUACAGAGCAGCCCCUCAAUGUAUCACUACUCAGGAUAGGAAGAUGAUAAAGGAAGCAAAAUCUGGCUUCGUCAACUCUCGAGAGAAGUGUGUCAAGGAAGCCAACUGCAAAAAUGAAGUCACUAAGGCUGUGGAAGAGGCGGCGAUUUCUAUCAAGAAAAUAGACACUGAUAAACUAAAGGAAAUCACCACUUGUGACAAGGACGACCAGUGCAAAUAUACGGUGUACAACAACGCACACAACGAUAUUUUCAACCUAUACUUGACGACCCGGCCUAAACUCCGUCUACUAGCAGAUCAGGACGUGGCUAGCGGUGACUGCGCCGGUGCUAUAGUCAGCUGUAUGGUAGCAAGCAACGCAGAAGCACUGCGCAGAUUAUAUGAAAUCAGUGCGCAGCUCAAACAAUGCCAGCAAAAAUAUAAGAUUGGCCAAUCCAGCAUACUCGGUGCUAACCCCGGCUACAUACAUGCACCCGAGUUCUUUGGAUAUCAGAGUUGAUUUACAUUUUAACUGGUACUGUCUUGAUCUAAAACUGAUUAAGUAUUCAAUAAGAUAUGUGCAAUAGCCUUAGGAAGAACUUUUUAAUUCAAUGAUACGUAAAUAGUAUCCUAUGAACUAUAAAGCCAA